AUGCGUGUACUGCAAAGUCAAACCUACGUGACAAUUUACUCCGAGCACGCAGCCCCUACAGAAGGAUCGUCACUAGGAUGGAACCCAAAUUUGAUCAAGUUGUCCCGACCUUCAGGCCGUUCGUUAAUAACCGAUCGAAAACUUUCUCCCUGGGCUAUAGUGAAGUCUGAGUCCCUUCACCCGUAUCAUGCCUACAAGAAUUCUGGCAUUAAUCUAUGUGUGAAUCUGUUUGUUCCUGCUGAUUCCGAGCUUACCGGACCCAAGAACGCAACAGUUGUUGGUGCUCUCAUCAAGGGUACCGCCGGACACAAGGAAAGUCCCACAAAAGCCGGUGCCCAAAAGGAUAUGGACAACGACUCCACUGCUAGUUCCACCAUCCGAUGUUGUCUCCCCCUUCCCGGUUGA